GAGAAAGUUAAAGUAGGUAGAACUUGAACGUUGUCAAAGUGACACGAGGGAAGAUUCGCGCGACAAGAUUGCACCCGGUGAAUAUAAAAGGAAGAAGAGCGAAAAAUUGUUUGGUUGUGAGAACUAAGAAGAGAAGAAGUAAGAGAGAAAAGAAGGUUUGAUUUGUUUGAUGGGUUCAUCGGAGUCAGAAAGCAUGGGGCGGUAUUCUCUGAUUCCGAGUUGCCUCUAUUCGUCUCCCUUGGCGCAGAAGCAGAAGAUGAUGGAGGAGUCGAGUUUGGUGAUUCAUUCUCCGAGUGAGAAGCGCAGCAUAGAGAUGUUUUCGCCUGCUUUCUACACUGCUUGCACCGUUGGUGGAACCCUCAGCUGUGGCCUCACCCACACCGCCAUCACGCCUCUUGACGUUGUCAAAUGUAACAUACAGAUUGACCCUGUGAAGUACAAGAACACCAGCACUGGAUUUGGCCUCAUACUAAAGGAGCAGGGAGUGAGGGGCUUGUUCCGUGGGUGGGCACCGACCCUUGUUGGUUACAGCGCACAGGGUGCCUUCAAAUAUGGACUCUAUGAGUACUUCAAGAAGUACUAUUCUGACAUAGCUGGUCCAGAGUAUGCAACAAAGUACAAGACAUUGAUUUACCUAGCUGGUUCGGCUUCUUCUGAGUUAAUUGCAGAUGUUGCUCUUUGCCCAUUUGAGGCUGUUAAGGUUAGAGUUCAAACUCAGCCUGGUUUUGCUAGAGGCCUGUCUGAUGGACUACCAAAAUUGGUCAGAACUGAAGGAGUCUCAGGGUUGUACAAGGGAAUUAUGCCUCUUUGGGGAAGACAGGUUCCAUAUACAAUGAUGAAGUUUGCUUCUUAUGAAAAUAUAGUUGAGAUGAUCUAUAAGCAUGCCAUCCCCAGACCAAAACAUGAAUGCAGCAAUUCCCUGCAACUAGGAGUGAGCAUUGUCGGUGGAUACAUGGCUGGUAUAUUAUGUGCCGUUGUUUCUCAUCCUGCUGAUAACCUUGUUUCUUUCCUGAACAAUUCCAAAGGGGCAACGGUUGGUGAUGCUGUGAAGAAGCUUGGAUUAUGGGGUCUGUGUACCCGUGGUCUUCCUCUUCGUAUUCUUAUGAUUGGAACUCUCACUGGAGCACAAUGGGGAAUAUAUGAUUCAUUCAAAGUUUUUGUGGGGCUGCCUACCACUGGUGGUGUUGCUCCUGCUGCUGUUCCUGCUCCCGCUUCUGCUGCUUAGAUUGCAAAGGUGUAGUGUCCAAUGGAUUAGCAAGAUAAAAAUUCAAUAUUUCUGUUUCAGAAACAUAGCAAACCAGCGAAUGUACCAUAAAAAAUCAAAGAAGAAAUGCUGAAGUUGCUAAAUAGGGAACUUCAUAUGAAGUGAAGGAGAAUGCUAACAAGUGUCUUUGAGAUACUGGUUAUUUAGUUAAGGAAUAAAAAAGUAGAAAAAAGUGUCUUCAUAAUAAAUCAUAAAACUUUAUAAAUAUCAUUUAUUUACUAGUGUCUUGCGAACACACACUAGCUACCUAGAGUGAAUAGUUGUUGUUAUAGUUUUAUGGUUUGUAAAAUUUUUGAACAGCUGUGUAUUGAAGUUCUACCUCACUUCAGUGACUAAUUGGAAAUCACGCUUUCAUUUAUUUGUUCUUUUUCUCCUUCUUUCCCCUCAACAAAAACCCUAUUGUUGUUACAAGGUUUGAAAGGAAUUGAUAUU